AACUUAUUAAAUAGAUUGAAUGGCAGCGCAUUACCAGACUGCCCCGUUGCUGUACCCGCCUCCUCAAGGCAUACAGCCGCACUUCAACAUGAGACCAGUGGGUCCUCCACCAGGCAUGUUUCCCAUCACCCAGCCGCCGACCAGAGAGGCAGCGAAGGAGUCCACAGUGUUUGUGGGCAACAUAUGCGACACAGCCCCCGACGACAUGAUCAGAGCCAUGCUCAAUACAUGUGGCUACAUCUCAAACUGGAAGCGAGCCAAGUGCUCCUCUGGAAAACUGCAGGGCUUUGGCUUCUGCACUUACCAGGACCCAGAGUCGGCCAUCAGAGCGAUCAAGAUGCUGCACAACUUGGAAGUGGGCAGUAAACAGCUGAAUGUGAAGGUGGAUGAGAAGACUAGGGACUACCUGGAGACAUACAAGACAGGCCAGGAUGGAGAAGACGAUACAAAUGAGGAAGAUGAGGAGCAGGACAAGAGUGUGAAGCAGGCCAUAGUGGCCAUUCUCAGAAACGCCAAGAUGAGAGUGCACAAUUUGAAGUCAGACGACUCUGGAGACGAAGAUGAGAACAGUCGGAAGAAGAACAAGGAGAACCGCCAUGACGACUCAGAGGGAGUGACCACGAUCCCCACCCUAAAGCCAUACCAGUAUUCUGCCAGGAACCCUAAAUUGGACGUGGAAGAACUAGACAUGGAUGACUCGAAGAAAAGCUUGAUAAGUCAAGAAAUUUCUAAAUUUAGAGAAACUCACAAGAAUGACGAGGGUCCGGAUAAAGAAGAGAUUGAUCGUCAGAUUAAGAAGAGACAGAAACUGAAGGAGGGCAGUGAUAAAGAGGCGAGUGAUUCGGAGGCAGUGGAGAAAAAGAAGUCGCGGAAGUCCAAGGAUAGAGACGAGAAAGACGCGCCUAAGAAACGGUCUCGUGAGAGGUCCUCAAAGAAGUCAAGUCCCUCCUCGUCCAGACGGAGAAGAGACAAAUCCAGUUCUCCCUCUCCGUCCAGAGAACGGACCAGAAGGAGGAGAGAGGAAGAAAGGAGAGAGCGGGACAGAGAAAGGGAGAAAGAGCGAGAGAGGGAGAGGGAGAGAGAACGGGAACGGGAGAGGGAGCGGGAAAGAGAGAGGGAGCGAGACAGAGACAGAGACAGGGAUAGAGACAGAGACCGCAGAGAUAGAAGUAGAAGAAGGUCCCACUCUAGGUCAAGGGAUAGACGUUCGGCGGGUGGUCGUGCGCAGUCGUUGAGUAGGGAGGAGGAGGAGGAUAAAAGGGAGCAGGAGAAGAUAGAGAAGCAGCUGAGGGAAAAGGAGGCGGCCUACCAGGAGAGACUGAAGAGUUGGGAGACAAGAGAGAAGAAGAAGAUCAGAGAGGCCGAGAAGGAGAGGGAGAAAGAGAGAGACAGACUCAAGGAACAGAUCAAAGAAGCGAAGCGGCUAAAGGAGUUCCUGGAGGAGUACGAUGACCAAAGAGAUGACCCCAGAUUCUACACAUCCACCGCCCUCUCGCGUCGUCUGCGAGACAGAGAGAAGGAGAAGGAAGUGGACGAGAAAGACAGACUGAAGGAGAAGGAGGAGUUGGAUGAGAUCCUGCAGCGACUGAAGCAGGAAAACAACCCGGACCCGGAGGGCGAAGUGGCCAAGAUCGUGAAGGAGUUUGAGGAGAACAUGAACAAACCCCUCAAGGAGCGUGAACGGGAGCUGAAGGAAAAGAAAAAGAAGAAAGGUCAUGUUGAGUCUUCCAAUCCGUUCAAAGCGAUGAACAAGAGACUAGAAUCAGGUCAACAGGUGUCCCCUGGAAAGAGGAUACCCCACCCAGCCAUGACAGACAUGUUUGGGGGCAACGAGAAUGGAUCGGAAGGAGGAGGGGCAGGGGCAGGGGCAGAGACAGGGGCCGAGAGGCGUGUGGGGGAAGUGGACGGGGAGUCAUACAAUGAUGGCAGCAAUGAGAGUAAUGUGGGUAGUGUGAGUGACCAUCCGGACAACGAGGAGGAAGAGGAAGAGGAGGAGGCUAGGAAGUAUGAGACUGCAAUGAGCAGGGGAUCCAAACAGAACGGAGUCUCAUCUUGGAACCAACACGAGAACACUCCUCAAAAUCACUCGCCCGCCAGUGCAUCCCAGCAGUAUCAGCAGCAGCAGCCGAUGUUUGAGAAAAAGAUGUCGUUUGAAUUGGGGAAGAAGUCCAAUGCAGCAGUACCUCCAAGUCACCACAGCCACACUCAAGAACAAACAAACAGACACCCAAUGAAUGGAGGAGACCACCUGCCCAGCAAUCAACAACUGGUGUCCAACUAUGACUCGCCAGGACACCACCCCCACUCAGGGGGGUCCAACUCGCCCUCAGUAGCCCACCAGCAGAACUCCUCCGCUGCCACCUCAACUGGAUUCUCAGCCCAGCUGCAGACAUCAGUGGGUAAGCAGCAGAGUAGAAGUGGCAAGAAGAAACUAGUCACUGCCUCUGUGUUCGGAGAGGACGAUGAUGACAAUGAUGAUGUGCCUAAGAAGAAGAAACUGAUACCGACAGAUGCUGAGAUGCCACCUGCACCUUCAGCAAAGCCUCUGCUGACACCGGAAGAGAAGCAGCAGAAGGUGAAAGACUUGAUCUCCAAGAUCCCCACAGACAGAUCCGAACUGUUCAGCUACCCAGUCGACUGGGACAAAGUGGAUGAGCUGUUGAUGGAGAAGAGAAUCCAACCGUGGGUGAACAAGAAGAUCAAGGAGUAUAUAGGAGACGAGGAGCCCACCCUGGUAGAGUUCAUCUGUGGAAAGGUCAAGGCCAAGGGAGACCCGAACGUACUACUCAGUGAUGUACAGAUGGUGUUGGACGACGAGGCCAAAGUGUUUGUGGUGAAACUGUGGCGAUUGCUCAUUUACGAGACAGAAGCGAAGAAACAAGGCCUCUCCGACAUCAAAUAAUAUCACAACAAACUUAGCUCUUCUUUUCGAUACUCUUGUUUUUCUCAUUUCUAGAAUCUUAACAUCUUCUCGACUAUUAUCAAAUAAUGCUGUUGAUGCUGUAGAGUGGUAAUUUAUCCUUAAUUUGUAGUCUUCAUUUUAUGUUAUGCGUCGAAAUUCAAUUUUUUGACUUUUG